AUGAAGGAAGAGAAGUCAUCAGGAAAGUCAGGAGGAGGGGCAGAGGGGGCAGAAGCAGCGGCUGCAGGGGCAGCGGCAGCAGGAAGCAUCAGGGGCUGCAGCGCAAGUAGAGGAAGGAGGAAGAUGACAAGAGGCAGCAGGAGCAUCAGAGAGAAAGAGCAGAAAAAGCCGUGCAGACGGAAGAAAGGACAUCAGGAGAGACAGGGGGAGCAGCAGGUGCAGUGCGAGCAGUUCGAGCAAGGCGCGCAAGAGAAAGAGCGGCGCGAGAGGGGGCAGCGCGAGCGGCAGGAGCAGCGCGGGCGGGAGCGGCGCAGGCGGCAGAGCCGGCGCGAGCGGCAGGAGCAGCGCGAGCAGCAGGAGCGGCGCGGGCGGGAGCGGCGCGGGCGGGAGCGGCGCGGGCGGGAGCGGCGCAGGCGGCAGAGCCGGCGCGAGUGGCAGGAGCAGCGCGAGCAGCAGGAGCAGCGCGAGCAGCAGGAGCAGCGCAAGCAGCAGGAGCAGCGCAAACGCGAGCAGCAGGAGCAGCGCGAGCAGCAGGAGCAGCGCGAGCAGCAGGAGCAGCGCAAACGCGAGCAGCAGGAGCAGCGCGAGCAGCAGGAGCAGCGCGAGCAGCAGGAGCAGCGCAAACGCGAGCAGCAGGAGCAGCGCGAGCAGCAGGAGCAGCGCGAGCAGCAGGAGCAGCGCGAGCAGCAGGAGGUGCAGCUGGAGCGGCGCGGGCGGGAGCGGCGCGGGCGGGAGCGGCGCGGGCGGCAGCGGCACGGGCAGGAGCGGCACGGGGGGGAGCGGCGCCGCGAGAGGGAGCGCCUCGAGCGGCAGGAGCAGCGCAAGCGUGAGCGGCAAAAGCAGUGCGAGCGGCAGCAACAGAGGCAGCAGGAGGAUCAGAAAGAGAAAGAGCAGAAAAAGCGCUCGAGCAGCCUGAGCAAGAGCAAGGCGAGCAAAAGAAGGGCGAGCACCUCGAGCAGCCUGAGCAAGAGCAAGGCGAGCAAAAGAAGGGCGAGCACGGGGAGCGCGACCCGGAGCAGCGCGAGCAAGAAAAGCGUGAGUAGAGGGGGCAGCAGGAGGAAAAGAGGCAGGAGCAGCGCAAGCGCGAGCGCCAAAAGCAGCGCGAGCGCCAAAAGUAGCGCGAGCGGCAGGAGAAGCGCAAGCGGCAGGAGAAGCGCAAGCGGCAGGAGCAACGCUACCGGCAAAAGCAGCGCGAGCAGCGCCAGGAGCAGCGCCAGGAGCAGCGCAAGCGGCAAAAGCAGCGCGAGCAAGAAAAGCGAGGUGCAGCAGGAGCGGCGCGAACGGCAGGAGCAGCGCGAGCGGCAGGAGCAGCGCGAGCGGCAGGAGCAGCGCGAGCGGCAGGAGCAGCGCGAGCGGCAGGAGCAGCGCGAGCGGCAGGAGCGGAGCGAGCGGCAGGAGCAGCGGGAGUGGCAGGAGGAGCGCAAGCGAGAGCGGCAGGAGCAGCGGGAGUGGCAGGAGCAGCGCAAGCGCGAGCAGCAGGAGCGGCAGGAGCAGCGCAAGCAGCAGGAGCGGCGCAAGCAGCAGGAGCGGCGCAACGAGCGGCAGGAGCAGCGCGAGCAGCAGAAGCAGCGCGAGCGGCAGGAGCAGCGCGAGUGGCAGGAGCGGCAGGAGCAGCGGGAGUGGCAGGAGCAGCGCGAGCGGCAGAAGCAGCGCGAGCGGCAGAAGCAGCGCGAGCGGCAGGAGCGGAGCGGGCGGCAAGAGCAGCAGGAGCAGCGGGAGUGGCAGGAGCAGCGGGAGUGGCAGGAGCAGCGCAAGCGCGAGCAGCAGGAGCGGCAGGAGCAGCGCGAGCGGCAGGAGCAGCGCGAGCGGCAGGAGCAGCGCGAGCUGCAAAAGCAGCGCGAGCGGCAGGAGGAGCAGCACGAGCAAGCACAGCGUGAGCACAAGCAGCGCGAAGAUGAGCAGCGCGAGCAGCAGGAGGAGCAGCGCGAGCAAGCGCAGCAUGAGCAUAAGCAGCGCGAAGAUGAGCAGCGCGAACGGCAGAGGAAGCAGCAGCAGCAGCGCGAGUGGCAGGAGCAGCGCAAGCGGGAGGAGCAGCGCAAGCAGCAGGAGGUGCAGCGGGAGCAGCGCGAGCAGCAGGAGGUGCAGCGGGAGCGGCGCGAGCAGCAGGAGGUGCAGCGGGAGCGGCGCGAGCGGGAGCGGCGCGAGCAGCAGGAGCGGCGCGAGCAAGCGCAGCAUGAGCAUAAGCAGCGCGAAGAUGAGCAGCGCGAACUGCAGAGGAAGCAGCAGGAGCAGCGCAAGCGGCAGGAGCAGCGCAAGCAGCAGGAGGUGCAGCGGGAGCAGCGCGAGCAGCAGGAGGUGCAGCGGGAGCGGCGCGAGCAGCAGGAGGUGCAGCGGGAGCGGCGCGAGCAGCAGGAGGUGCAGCGGGAGCGGCGCGAGCAGCAGGAGGAGCGGCGCGAGCUAGCGCAGCGUGAGCACAAGCAGCGCGAAGAUGAGCAGCGCAAGCAACAGGAGCAGCGAGAGCGGCGCGAGCAGGAGGAGCAGGAGCAGCAGGACGAGGUGCGGGAGCAGCAGGAAAAGAAGCAGGGAGAAAAGCGCGAGCGGGAGCAACAGGAGGAGCAGGAGAAGCAGCAGCAGGAGGAGCAGCCGGAGCAGCGCCAGCAAGCGCAGCAAAAAUAUGAGCAGCGCGAGCAAGCGCAGCGUGAGCAUGAUCAGCGCAAACACGAGCAGCGCGAACAGCAGAGGAAGCAGCAGGAGCAACGCGAGCAGUGGCAGCGCGAAAAAAAGAGGUAG